AUGCGUAUCGAGGAACUCAUCAUCGACGGCUUCAAGUCGUAUCCCGUGCGCACGCACGUGUCCGGCUUCGAUGCAUCGUUCAACGCAAUCACCGGCCUCAACGGCUCCGGCAAGUCCAACAUCCUCGACUCGAUCUGCUUCGUGCUCGGUAUCACCAAUCUCACGGCUGUUCGAGCCAACAACCUCCAAGAUCUCAUCUACAAGCGAGGUCAGGCCGGUAUCACCAAGGCCUCGGUCACCAUCGUCUUUGACAACACAGACCGCAGCAAGUCGCCUGUCUCGUUUGAAAACAGCCCGCAGAUCACCGUCACGCGCCAGAUCGCUAUGGGCGGUCUCAGCAAGUACCUCAUCAAUGGCCACAAGGCUACGCAGCAGGCCGUGCAGAACAUGUUCCAGAGCGUCCAGCUUAACAUCAACAACCCCAACUUCCUCAUUAUGCAAGGAAAGAUUACCAAAGUGCUCAACAUGAAGCCAGCAGAGAUCCUGUCCAUGAUCGAGGAGGCUGCGGGCACGCGCAUGUUCGAGGACCGCAAGGACAAGGCGAUCAAGACCAUCUCCAAAAAGGACCAGAAGGUCAAAGAGAUCACCGCCUUGCUUGAAGAAGAGAUUACCCCCAAGCUCGACAAGCUCAGGGAAGAGAAGCGCUCCUUCCUCGAGUAUCAGAAAGCCAGUACAGAGCUCGACCGCCUCACCCGUCUCGCCAAAGCCUACGAAUGGCAGCAGUGCUGCGCCAAGUACGAAGAGCGAAAGGCGCUCGUCGAUCAAAAGUCGCAAGACGUGCAAGACCGUGAAGACGAGGCCAAGGCGCUCAAGCGUCAGAUCGAGAGCAUCGAAAAGGAGCUGUCCCAAAUCGAAAAAAAGAAAGAGGCCGAGAUGACUAAAGGCGGCAAACUCCAGGCGCUCGUCAACAAGAGUAAGGAGCUUCAACACGACCUCGUCAAGCGCAAGACUAACGUCGAUCUGAAGAUGGGCUCGGUCGAAGAGGAGCGCAAGAAGCUGCAGGCAGACCAGGCUUCGCUCGAGGCUUUGCACCAGACACUGAAGGACAAAGAGGAGGAGCUCGUCGAUAUGGCGGGGUCCUUUUCCAAUCUCAAAGCCGACUACGACGGUGCUGUGGCUGAUGUCAACAAACAGGACGAGCUGCUCCAGACGCUUCUCACCGGUAUGGCCUCGUCCUCCAAGUCCAAAGCGGGCGAAAGCUCCGCCGGUGGCUAUAUGGGUCAGAUCGCCUCUGCCCGCGCCGAAGAGACCGCAGCCAGCACCGAGAUCGAACAGUCCAAACUGCGCAUCGGCCAUCUCGAAAAGGAGGUCAAGCAGAAGGAGCCACUGGCCAAAAAGGCACAGAAGGACGCUGCAGGUCUCCUGAACGAACUCGAGUCUUCGCGUGCCGCUGUGGAGCAGCUCGAAGCGCGCAUGCAGAAGCUCGGCUGGGACGACGAGAAGGAAAAGUCGAUGCUCCAAUCUAAAGCCGAGUGGAGUCGACGUGUUUCGGACCUGCUCGAGCGCAAGGAGGCGCUCAAGUCCAAACUGGCCGGCAUGGAUUUCCAAUACUCGGACCCCGAGCCCAACUUUGACCGAUCGCGCGUCAAAGGUCUGGUGGCGUCGCUCAUCCAGCUCGAACAGGACAAGCACAAGUACUCGACGGCGCUCGAGAUCUGCGCCGGUGGCCGGCUUUACAACGUCGUCGUCGAGGACGAGAAGGUAGGCUCCAAGCUCUUGGCGCAUGGUCAGCUCAAGAAGCGCGUCACCUUGAUCCCGCUCAACAAGAUCAGCGCUUUUGUCGCCAGUGCAGAAAAGGUGGGUGCGGCGCAGAAGCUCGCACCAGGGAAGGUCGACCUAGCCUUGACGCUGGUCGGCUACGACGACGAGGUGAGCCGUGCCAUGGAGUACGUGUUUGGCAACACGCUCGUCUGCGCAGACGCCGCCACGGCCAAGCGCGUCACGUUUGACAAUGCGGUGCGCAUGAAGUCCGUGACGCUCGAUGGCGACGUCUACGACCCUGCAGGAACGCUCUCGGGUGGAUCCAAGCCCAACUCGGGUAACGUGCUGGUCAGGAUGCAAGACCUCAUCAAGAUCGACAAGGCGCUUAAGGAGGCCAAGCUCGAGCUCGGCAAGGUCGAGACCGAAAUUCAGUCUUCGAAAGCUCAAAUCGCCUCGUUCUCCAAGGCCAAGCGUGACCUCGAUCUCAAGCGCCACCAAGUCACGCUGCUCGAGUCGCAGAUCAGCGGUUCCAACGCGACCCGAAUCAUCGGCGAAGUUGAAAAGGCCAAAACGUCGAUCGCUGAGCUCAAGCAAGCCAUCGACGCGGCCAAGCAGCGCCAACAGGACGCGGGCAAAGAAGCCAAGCGACUCGAAAAGGAGAUGGAAGAAUUUGAAAAGAACAAGGACUCGAAGCUCGACCAACUCAAAGCCGAGAUCAAGCGCAAGAAGGCCGAAGUGCAGAAGCGCAGUGGCGAGAUCAAGGCGCGACAGGGCGAGGUGCGCACCUUGGAGCUCGAGAUUGAACAGACGCGUGGCGAGAUCACGGCGAGCGAAAAGGCGAUUCGCGAUGGCGAACGCGCGAUCAAGAAGGUGGAAGCCGAGCUCGCCGACAUGCAAGCUAAGCUGGAGGAACUGCAGGCAAAUGUGGACAAGGUCGAGGCCAAGCUGAUCGAGGAGCGGGCUACGCUCUCUGGGUACGACGACGAGCUGGCGGCACUACGAAACGCACUCAAGUCCAACAAGCAAGAGAUUGCCGAUGGCGCUCUGGUGAUCAAGCAGCUCACACACGACCGCGAGAAGCUGACGGGCGACGUUGCGGGAUACGAAAAGUCGAUCCAGCAGCUCGAGAACCAGUUCGAAUGGAUCCAGUCGGAGCAGCGCUUCUUUGGUCAAGCGGGCACGGUGUACGACUUUGGCAAGCACAACAUGGGCGAGGUGCGCAAGCGGUGCAAGAAGCUCGAAGAGACGCAGCAGGGGAUGCGCAAGAAGGUGAACCCCAAGGUGUUGUCGAUGAUCGAGGGCGUCGAGAAGAAGGAGUCGACGCUCAAGACCAUGCUGUCGACGGUGCUCAAGGACAAGGACAAGAUCGAAGACACCAUCACCGAGCUGGACCGCUACAAACGCGAUGCGCUGCAAAAUACGUGGGAGAAGGUAAAUGCCGACUUCGGUUCGAUCUUCGGCGAGCUCCUUCCGGGCAACUAUGCGAAACUGCAGCCACCGGAGAACCAGGAUCUGACGCAGGGGCUGGAAGUCAAGGUAAGACUUGGCACGGUGUGGAAGCAGAGUCUCACCGAGCUGUCCGGUGGACAGAGGAGUUUGAUCGCGCUCAGCCUGAUCAUGAGUCUGUUGCAGUUCAAGCCGGCGCCGAUGUACAUCUUGGAUGAGAUCGAUGCGGCGCUCGACCUGAGCCAUACGCAGCACAUUGGCCAGCUGUUCCGCAACCGAUUCCGGGGCAGUCAGUUCAUUGUGGUCUCGCUCAAGGAGGGUCUGUUUACCAACGCCAAUGUGCUAUUCAGGGCGAGGUUUAGGGACGGCACCAGUUUGGUGGAGAGGACGGUGAACGCGAAUAGGACCACGGCAGGUCACGAGGCGGACAAGGAGAACGUGACGCCGCAGAGCGGUGGCGCUGGCGCGAGGAAGAAGGGCGGCGUCAAGGUUGGGGCAGGCGGAGCACUGGGCAAUGGAAGGACGGUGGCAGCAUGA